AUGAGAAUCGAAAUAUUAUUCAUUCUGUGCUCCAUUCCACAAUCAAUUUUUGCAAUGGAUUAUUAUCACACGAAUUUUGAGGAUAAUAAAGUUACUGGUGCAGAAAAAUCUGUGAAUUCCCAUUCAAUCCAGCUCUAUUCUCGUGUUUCUCGAGAUGCUAAAAGUGACAAAUGGGCGGUUAUAAUCAGUCGUAUUCAAAUGCUUUCCCGUAUUGCAAAUGGUAUUUAUAUACAACAAGAGUUACGCGACAAGUCAUUUGUUCCUGAUCAAUUUAUUGCUGAGUUGUUCAAUCUUGGAGAUUCAUUGAGUAUUGAUGAUAUAGAUGAUUCUGAUUUAGGCAGUGCUUUGAAGUCUAUGGAUGGUAUGGUUUCUGGAAGUGGAAUGGUUAAUACAACGGAGAACUAUUUAUCAAAUAUUGGAGCACAAUUGAAAUCUUCAAACAUUACGAAUAAUACUAAACAAUGGUUUGAGGAUGAGAUGUAUGCAAUUGAUUUCCGGAGAAUUGGCAAUGGAAAUUUCAACUCUUCUUUUGUGAAAAAAAAAUCGGACCUUGAACACAUUCAGAAAGGUUACGAAACUUGUUUUGAGAGGCGGUGCAAUAUUCACUAAAGCAUUAUCAAAUGCAAUGAGCCAAUUGAAAACCACAACAGAUGAUGUGUAUCCACUAGUUCAAUUAUCCGAAUUCAUUAAGAAAAUGCUUCAAGAAAAACAACCGGAAGAUGUAGAUGUGAACGAGUUUAAGAAAUACAUUCGCGGCAUUUCAAAUGCAAUUGGAAAUGUAAAAAAGGUUCGUAAUAGUAUUGAAACUAUCUUCAAACUGUUAAGUGCACAUUUCGAAUUAAACAACAAUCGAAAGUACACAAUUGGAUUAGUGGAUGGAUAUAAGGAUUUGAUUAAACUAAAUAGAGACUUGAGUAAUCAGUGGUUUGAAGAAAAUGAAGUGACAGAAAUACGAUCCACUUGUUACUCAGCUACCGAUUGAUUCGAUUAAUUCCAUUGAAAAGAUUACAUUGUGUUGCAAUUCAAUUCCGGAAAUCACUGUGAAUCUUACAAGUAUCCUGGAACUCCGUGAUAUCGCAUCAGAUACGGAUAAAUUGUUUGUUUUGCUCAAAACCAAUUCGAUUCAACUUUUAAAUAUGUUGAGUAAUGCAACGAUUCAAGGAUUCUAUGAGGAAAUCAUUGGAAUUAUCAAUCCAGAAGAUAUGAAGGACAUUGACCAAGCGAGGAAAGUGGCUGAGGAAAUAUUAAAGUAUCCAAAUUAUCAAGAAUUAAUUCAGUUCAACGAUGUCGUAUAUAAUAAGUUAAGCGCACUCUACUUUUCAACCUACCAAUCGACAGCAACUAAAUCAGUUGUCGUGUUGGGAGAAAUCAAGAAUAAUGCGGACUUGAGACAAUUCGUGAAUGUGAUUAGUUGCUUGGUACAGAGUCGCAAUGGUUUGGAGGCGAUUCACAGUACGUACGAAAACACAAAAAUCUGACACUCAUCGGUGAAAUAGUGAAAAGGGGUCUGGGAUCUGCUUCAACUUCACCGUCCUCUGUAUGCCAGGUACUGGAGAAUCUCCAGAGCUUACCGGAAACAAGACCCAAUAUAUUGGAUACAGUAGGCAGGAGAAGACGUGGUUGUUCAGUACAGUGGCUGUGGGCGCCAUGUUCGGAUUGUUUCCAGUGAUCAUUGGAAUCAGUACAUAUGGAUUGCGAAAAGUGUUUUUUGCCGCUGGUAUGUUGACCUCGUUUACAACAUUUUUGAUUCCUAUCGUGGCAACGAUGAAUUUCAAUUUGUUCCUGCUGAUGAGAUUCCUACAGGGAAUGUCCUACGCCGGAUGUAUGCCAGCUGUUGGGGCCAUCACUUCUUCCUGGGCAUCUCUAACCCAACAGGGACUGUUCAUUGCUGCACUGACCACAUUCGGGCAGCUCUCCUCAAUUUUCUCAAUGCCGAUUGCUGGGGAGCUCUGCGUUUCUCCGCUUGGCUGGAAGUCUGUCUACUUUCUGCAUGCCGCAAUUUCAAUGGUCGUUUUCUUGGCGUGGUUUGCAGUUUUUACAGAUUCACCGAGCACCAACAAGCUGGUAAAGUCCUCGGAGCUUCUCGAAAUCCAACGAGGAAAGUCCGACGCAGCAAAUGGCAAGCGAGAGGCGACACCUUACCUGGAAAUUCUCACAACUCCAUCUGUCUGGGGUAUAUGGAUUGGUGCUCUGGGAGAUCUUAUAGCCGUCCAACUGAUUCACAUCUACUCACCUGUCUAUUUACACGAUAUUGGAGGCUAUUCAGUGGAGAAGACCGGCUUUGCAGCGGCCGUACCGGUGCUGUUUCAGUUUUUCAUGAAGCUUUUUGCAGGCCACUCCAGUGACCGAAUCUCUGGAGUAUCUGAGACCACAAAGCUCCGGAUCUACAAUACAAUUGCUCUGGGCGCCAGCGCUGUAUUUCUAGCUGCUCUUGGUUUUGUGAAGGAAGGCCAAGGACUGACUGGCCUGAUACUCAUGACUGUAGCAACCGCGAUGUUCGGAUUCAAUGGUGGAGGUUUUAUUAAGUGCGCCGCCCUUGUCUCCCGACAGCACAAUCAUUUUGUCAUGGCAAACGUCCAGUUUCUGCUGUGCCUCUCGAUGCUUCUCUGUCCAAUACUAGUAUCAUUUUUGCUUCGACACGGAACUAUAGCCGAAUGGAGAUUGGUUUUCUUUGUUCACGCCGGAAUUCUUGCAGUUUGUAAUCUUAUAUUUUGUCUGUUGGCCACUGCAAAACCGGCUCCAUGGACAGAUCGGACGUUGAAGCCAUCGGCGUCGAGAAACACACCAUUGUAUACAAUAAAGUAUUGA